AUGGCGGGAAGGGACGAACUGCUUGCCGACGCAGAAGGCCCAACAACGAGCAUCGUCCUGGAUAAAAAUAACGGCACAGACCGUGCAGGCCGUACUUUGUUGCUCACGAAGAGACACGAAGAAUUGGAAGGGCUCUGCCCUUCCUCAGCUCCUUCAUCCUCUACGUCCCCCAUCAAGCCUAUGUCCUCAACACAAAUGGUCAGCGCAAGCCGUAUCUCCUCUCCCCGAGGGCGAGUAACAAUUAUAUCCCGUCUGUUGCUCUCACCUGUCACCCUCUUCGUCCUCGCCGUCGCUCAUACUCAUGAAGUUACUCAUUCAGUGUCCAUCUCCACGCCCACUGGCCCCACACUCCCAAUCUUCCCCUACCUUCUAGACAAGCUAACGCAUCCAUUCUACUCCGCAGUUCUGGCCGAUGAGGUGAGGACGCGCGACGCUGGUGAUGAAGCUUAUGUGUGUCCGCUCCACUGUCUGAGAACGCCGGUGAACGAGGAGAGAAAGGUGGCGGUAAGAGCAACGAUGAAUCGUACUCGACAAGAGGGACUGAGUGGGACGCGCGGCGAUGUGAAGAUCGGGGCGGAUGAGGUGCUGAGACGAAGGGUGCAAGCGAAAGAUACGGAUGCGAUGGUUGCACCAGUCAAGAAUGUGAAGGGCUCGGAGGUGCUGUCCUCGUUCCCUUCUGCAUCGGCAAGGAGGAAGGCGGCUGCGACUCUGCACUCGGAGGGUUGUUGGGUAGUAAUGUGUGACGGUCGCAGGACUUGGUCACACUAGUAAGAGUGUUUCCGUCGAAAGGUCUCAAGCGUCGUUCGUCAGAACUGGCCAAGGGUCUCUCGAUAAAAACUGCUCCCUCCUACCUACUACAUGAGUCUUUAUAUACCUACGUACACAAAGGACUGUACUAAAGAGGAAGUAUCAAGGCUGACAUAUUGUACUUGGUUCCGUUGUCGUAUCCGCGGGAGCGCGGGUCGUUACAUC